AUGAAAUUAAUCCAAUAUAGAACAUGGGAGUCUUUGCUGGUGUUGUUGGUUGCCCUCCUCCUCUCAUCGCGGAUCGCCUCGAGUUCACUUUUGGAUGACAGCCCCCAGAAGCGACAAGUUUCCAACUCCGAUGGACCAACCUCAUCACUACCGGAUCCGACAUCAUUAGAGCUAUCGUCACUCGACCCUGCACCAACCUCUUCUGGUGGCAGUGAUGAUGGGUUACUGUCUGCUGGAACGGAUGCGGGUCUUUCCACCACACCCCCCUUCAGCAACUCUACCACAACAACCUCAAAAGUUGAACCUCCUCGAUCCGACGAGCCUGGUUCGACUAGUACGGUCACGCAAGUCCCCGUUCCAACGAAGGUGACGGUUACACGCACUAUAACCGAUGAAUUUGGUCGAGAGUCAACAACAACCGAUGUGGUUCCGACAACGACAAUGGUUUCGUCGGACGACCCUUCUCUAGCGAACGGAGGCGAACCCGGGUCUCCAUCUGGUGUUACUCCGCAGCAGAAAAAGAUUAUUAUUGGCGUUGUUGUUAGCGUCGUUGGUAUACUGUCUAUUGUGGGCGUCGCUGGUGUUAUAUGGCGGAUUUGGUUUAGUCGGCGUGGAGGUGAAGAAGAUCUCUCACUCCAUCGCAAGGAAACACCUCCACCGUUGUCGGUUUCGAGUAUACCAAGCGGCGAUGGCACCGCUCGAAUUGUUAGCGGAAGUGACCGCAGAAAAAAGUCAGCAUUUGGGAACAUGAAUCCCUCCUCUAAUUUCUGA